GUUUUUGAAAUUAUGCUUACGGGAUGCCGCAUAUUAUAACACGGUACGUUACGUGUAAUUGUCGAUAAAUUUUUCCAAAUUACACGACGUAAGGGGGGAAAAUCAACAUUUUCUUUAAAUAACCAACGUGAAGGCGAAAUGUCUUUAAAUUACGUGCUUCUUUCAAACGGGUCUCAGAAUUAAUACGAACUUUGAUCUAAAUUUGAACGAAUUUUUUCACUUUAUUUGGGCGCCGAGUUAGUGUGAGUCAUUGGAGAGGAAGAAUGUAUUUGUAAAAUCUCAGCGAAAGAAUUUGAAGUAAAUCCAACGUUUCGCCUGGCAGACUGGUCCAAGCUUUUUCAAGGAAUAUAUAUAUAUAUGUAGGUACAUGGUUCUCUGGUUUACUGUACACUGAAUAAGUCAUCCAACCAACGUGAACAGUGUUUAAAGUAGGUAUUUACUUUAAUGCUUAAGAGACAUGGGGUAUGAAACGAAGUGUUAAGAUAACAGAUUGCGUGUAUACAUAAGUGAUUUGAGGAAAAAUUUCAUUAAACUAUAUAUUGUCCUCGGUCUGUGUAUAUUAGGAAAAACAUUAUUUUAUACAUGAAAUCAAUCAAAAAUGUCAUAUCAUGCAUUAAAUGAAGAUAAGUAAACAAGAUAAAAGACUGAAUUCAAAGGGGAAUGUAUUUGUAAUUGAAAGUUAGUGUUAUUUUAAUGUUCCAGUCAAUUGUUUAACAUAUUCAGAUAAGCUAACUGAUUUGAAACCUUUGGAUGUAUUAUCUAUCGAUUAGUUGAUAUGAUAUAGACAGGUCAAAUGGAAUAAGGAGUUCAGGUUUACCUAUUAAUUAUUAGUUGCCAUGGGACAGGUAGUUGUAUUCCAUCUCUCCUAUUAAUACUGUUUGGAUUAGCCCAUAUGUGUAAGGCUUCAGCUGUUAGUCGUUCUUUGUAAGAAUUAAAGCCUUUUUGAAUGAUUCUCAAGAUUUCCCAAAGUUGUAAUUCGUCGCGACAACUUAUCGUUGAAGAUCCAUCAUAUUUUCAGGCAUCAUUAUGAUGGCACCACUUUCGUUACUUGAAGGAUAAACGUUAUCAGAUAUAGUCUUCAGUAAUAAGGAUAGUAGGUUGAUGAACCUGUGUUAAUCCUGACACAUUGCUUUCCAGUGAAGGUCCAGCUUUUCCUUGAAAGUAUUCACUGAUGGGGCUGAUACCACUUGUUCGGGUAAGGCGUUCCAAUGAUUGACUACUCGAUGAGAAAAACGGGACCCCACUUUAAGUUUAUUAGAUCGUGGUUUAUGAACCUUCUUGCUAUGACCUCGGAGAUUAUUAGUGCUGGAGGGAGCAAAAAGAUAAGACAUAUUAACACCCAAAUCAUAAUUAAAGAUACGAAAUGCCAGUAGUGUGGCUGAACUGAAUUCAGAUCUAAAAAUGUCUUGAUUUGACCGCUUCUGCAAAAUCUUACGAAACGUCGAGAUGACGCACCAAUUGUUUUACGACUGUUUGACUUUCAAGUGCUAAGCCACCUAUAUCAGUGGGCGACACCCCUUAAGCGUUGCCUCUGAUUAAUCACUUAGUUGGCUGUCGAAUUUACGAAUUGGGGUUGAGUUUGUUCCCAGUGAUUUCAAGGUGGGUGUGGAGAUACUUCUGUUUGACUUUUGCAUUACCUCCAAGAUACAUGGGUAAAGGGGAAAAUCUAGUUAAUCUCCCAUAGUAUCUACAGAACUAAAGUGGUCAUCCACUGUCGUCUGAAAGAUUCAGCAGAUCUUACCCUCAUAGCUUCGAUUAGGAAGUCCAACAACUGAUCAGAACCGCAAAAAUGUUUGCACGGACUUCAUUCAGCUCGUUAACGAGCUGGUGUUCCAUUUUGAGUAGAUGCCCUUUUAAGUAGGAUUUAUGACAAACGUAUAAGUGGUCUCUUUGGAUGGAGAGAACUAUAGGCAACGUGAUAUAUCGUGGUCAUAUCCCCCGUAAUCCUUCUAUACUUCAAUGACUGUAAAUUAAAUGCUGAGGCCCAGACGAACUGGGUAGAGUUUAUUCUUAGUCCGAGCAUCUUCAGUCACCACUUUUGAACGCGUUCCAAAAGGCCAAUAUCUUUAUUGAGGUGACGGGACGCGGUGCAGAAAAUUCUACAAAUGGGGCCUUAUGUAAACACUGAUAAAUAGUUCUGAAUUCAUGCUACCUAGUGUUUUGGAAAGAAAUUCUGAGAGCAUACUUAGUUGGUUGCGAAAUGCCUAGGAGAAGCGAAACCUAAAGUAUACUAUGUUCGUUUAUAAUGCAUUGUAGUUAGGUGCCGUGUUGUGACUUUUACCAUGUCAUUGGGUAAUCUUAAACUACAAUCAAUCAAAUAGAUUCACCGCUUCUAUCCGGUCAAAUGUAUGUCUAUAGUUGCCGACGCCUCGUUUGAGGGCUUGUAAGGUUUUUCCUAAGUCACCUCACUAGCUUGACCUAUCAUAUUACGUCACGACGCACGAAAGCUUGCCUCUCACUUCAUAGGACUAGUUAAGCUAUGGCAGGUGUAAUAAUACGAAUAGCUCCCUGAAGCGUUUUGAUGUCUGUGACUAUAAUCGCUUCCAGAUUAUUCAAAACUAUAAGUAGACAUUCAAGUCUUGAAAAUGAGCUUUAAUUUCCUUAUAAAAUCAAGGGGGUGUACAAUUUGUGAUAUGUAUGAAUUGCCUUUUACAGUUAGACAUCAAUAGUACUUACAAGAAGAUCAUUGGCUUUAUUUAAAAAUACUAGGAAUACCAGGUGUUUGGUUCAUUUCAAGGUCAAAAGUAUGCGACUACAUGUGUAUUGUCAGUCAGCUACAACGUAGGACCAGGCACAUGUAUACACCGGUCCAAGUUGCCACAACUCAUUAACACAACAAGAUAAACACCGGAUUCAUAAAAGUAGUUCAUUCAGUGCUGGUAAUAUAUAAAAGAAAGAUUGCAUAUAAUGAUAUAGUACAGGAAGAAAGAAUUAGUUCGUAGAAAGAAAGAUAUGAAGCGAUUUUAAUCUCUUAGUUUAAGGGAAGACAGAGAGUGUAUACACCGACGCCAUUAUGAUCGAUUCUGAGCCAUGUCACAUGUGUAUUGAUAAACUAAAGUUAAUGUUUCAACUUAUUAACCGAUGUAUGCAAUAAUUUCAAAUAUUGUCUUUUGUUUUUACAGUUCCCUACACUCGAUUUUUUGAACUCAAAUGGAAUAAAAUGUCUAAUCAUCCUGUUUGGGUACGUAUGGUACCUUUCAUUGGAUCAAUGAUAAUUUCAGCCUAUUAUUUAACAUAUAUGCGUUACUGUAUUCAUGAAAAAAAGCGAUUGACAGCACAAUUACCUAAUUUAGAUGAAGAUUAUAUUCUUGAAUUUCAUAAAGAAGUUACUGAAUCCUCUAAAAAAACUGGAUGGGAGAAUAAAAGAGUAAAUAGACCAUGGGGAGAAUGAUUUAAAUGAGACAAAAAUUAGAAUGUAUGAAAUAAAUAAAUAGAAAACUAAUUUUCUCUAUCGUUAAUAAUGUACAUAAGUAUCUGUGUGUAUAGAACAAUUAUGUUAGUGAUAGUAAUUUGUAAAUAAAAGUACAAAUAAAAAGAACAUUUAGAUAU